AUGAGCGCAUACCUCUCUCUUUCGGCCGAACCGGCUUUCGGAGCACGGAUACCACUCUCAUUCGUAACGGAUUCAUCGCAAGAACAUCCUGUGUCACAGACACCAUCAGACUCUCAGCCUCGAUAUACACCACCUACCGAUUUGACGACACAAGACCAAGCAAGCGACUCUGGAGAGCAACAUCCCAUACCAUCUUCUCAGACAGUUUUGUUAUUACAUGGCUUGCGGCAACCAUACCAAAUCACCGACGGUCACCCAGUCCCCAGCACGAAGCAUGAUCAUGAGCUACUAGUCCGCACUGAUACUAUUGGACUGAAUCCCAUCGACUGGAAAUCACCUGACUACGGCUUCGCCAUCCCCGAGUUACCAUACAUCUCCGGCCGCGAAGCAUCAGGCACCGUCGUCCUCGCCCCUCAAACCCCCUCAAGAAUCAAAUCCGGCGACAAAGUAAUCGUCAUAUCCACAGACUACCGCGAUCUCCGCAAAGCAACAUACCAACAAUACGUAGUCGCCUCAGACUUUAACGUCGUGAGAAUUCCAAAGGAAAUCACAAUCAAGCAAGGCGCCACACUCGGAGUCGCAUACGUAGCGGCAGCUCUGUCACUAGGAAUUUGUCUCGGUGUUGAUUUUACAUCCGUUCAGGAUGGUCCUAAUAUUCUUAACCUUGUGAGAGAGGUACCAGAAGAGGCACUUCCUGAAGAUAUUAGGGGAGAGUGCUUGAAUAGCAUUUUGCCGAAUGAGGGUGCUAGGGCUGGAGAUUGGAUCGCUAUCUGGGGCGGCUCUUCAACCUCGGCUGUUCUAGCUGUUCAACUAGCUCGUCUUGUUGGACUGAAGGUUGCUUUGGUUGUUGAUAACGCAAAGCAUGGAGUUCGAAUUUCCGAGAAUCCCGUUCUUCGACCGGAUCUGCUAGUUGAUAGCCAUGAUCCCGAGCGAGCUGUUGCUGUUCUUCGCGCCAACACUAGAGGAAAACUUCGCUUCGGUAUCGACACAAGAGGUAAAGAUACAGCUGAAGUGUUACUCCGCGCUCUUGGCCCUGAGGAACUUCAUCGAAGCGCAGCGAAUGUCACUUCGCCGCCUAGCACUCCGCCCGCUGAGCCCAUAGUGCCCGCUCAUCUAGUCGGUAUGAGUGGACUUCCCAAAACAGGCCAGUCAGCGGGUGUUAUCUUCCAUACUAUCCCUUUCAAACUAUAUCACGAAGUACCGGAGGUUGGUGAAGUGCUAUCGAGAUGGCUGGAGAGGUUAUUGUCAAGCCGCGCGCUAGUACCACCCAGAAUUAUCGAUGUCGAGGAUGGUCUGCAUAAUGUGAACAGGGGGCUGGAUAGGAUGAGGAAGGGGGAGAUUAGUGGAGGAAAGCUGGUGGUUGACUUGAAGACGAACCAAUAG